UAUUAUAAUGGAAAAAAAUGGUAUAGCAUAGUCUGCAAUUUGCUUUUUUAACUUCAGAGGUUUAUGUACUUCCUUACAUCCAAUUGGAAUACCCACAAUCAUAUGCCCACAUCCUAAUAAGUUAGCAGAAGCUAAGCAAAUGUUGUUAAGUAGAUUUUGGAACAGCUAUAAUUAUGUUAUGUCCCUGGUUAUUGUCUUUCUCUGCUACAGAAUGGAUUGGUUUCACUGCAACAAGUGUUUCCGAAAAGAUGGGGCCCAUUUCUUUGUCACCAGCUGUGGCCAUAUUUUCUGUAAAAAGUGUGUGACUCUGGAAAAAUGUGCUGUUUGUGAAACUGCCUGCAAAUAUCUGGCUCUUUCUGAUAAUCUAAAACCUCAGGAGAAGAUGUACUUCAAAAGCCCUGUGGAGACAGCUUUGCAGUAUUUUAGUCACAUCUCUCAGGUGUGGAGUUUCCAGAAGAAACAAACAGACCUCCUUAUCGCCUUUUAUAAGCAUAGAAUCACAAAAUUAGAAGCAGCCAUGCAGGAGGCACAACAAACAUUGACCAAUCAGGACAAAGAGCUGUCAGUCUUAAGGAAAGAGAAUGGAGAACUGAAGAAAUUUCUAGCCAUCCUAAAGGAAUCUCCAAGUUGGUACCAAGGAAACAGGUUGACCACACCUCGACCAGUGGGCAUUACUUCUCCAUCACAGUCAGUUACUCCACGACCCAGUUCUCAGCAUAGCAGCCAAGUGGUCAGUCGGUCCUCCUCAGUGGAGUCCAUCCCUUAUAGAGUGGCUGGCUUUAGCAUCUUGGGACAAGGAGCCAGAGGCCUGCAGGGAAGGAGCACUCCCAGAGACUCUUAUACUGAAACCCCUUCACCAGCUUCCACUCAGAGCCUAUCUUAUAGACCUUCACCUGCCUCCUCCGGACAGGGGAUUUUUCCUUUAAGGCCAUCCCUAAAUGGGGGAGAUUCAGGCCACAUAAGAGUCGUCACUCCCAAUAAUUCAGCUCAGAGGGAGAGCAGAACCACCCCAGAGAGUCUUCCUGGUUUCCAGCUACCAGUCCUGCAGUUGGAGACCCAGGCUUUCAGCUUACCAAAGUACACAGAUAAUAAAAUAAAGAGGAUGCCCUUUUACAUGCAACUCUGUUGUUAUUACAAACUCUAGAAUGACGGAAUAGGCAAAGAACACUACCACUGAGAUCAGAUUUAUUCUUUGAAUACUAAGGGGUAGAAAUGAGGAAUUAAAUGGCUGGGCCACUGGCAGGUGUACCUUAAGCAAAAAUAUUGGAAAAAUGUAAAGAUAGCAUCUGUCUGAAAUGAUUUAGGUCUUGGGAAUGACCUUGUAGCUUGGUGGGAUCCCGCUACCCUUUCUGAAACGGAAUUUAUUUUUAAAGGCAUUUCUAGGC